UCUUCAUUAUUUCUUCUUCUUUCUCUCUAUAAAAUAAAUUUUCAACUCUCUUUCGAUCACCAGAAAGGAAAUAAAACAUCAAAGGAAAUAAAAUCUUGCUGAUUUAUCUUUCUUUUAUUCUCUCCUUGAUCCGAUCCCGGUUCAAACCCGUCAAAUUUCUCUAUUUUUCUUUCAAUUUCGCCCUCCAUUUCUAGGGUUUCUCUCUCUCAAUUGUGUCUUGUGAUGGUGAAUUUCGUUAUUCUUUUUGAUGAAUUCGACUACUAAAGAGGGAGAAAGACUUUGAUUCUAGGUUUUUUUUCUUUUGAAAUGUGUGAGUGAGUUGUGUUCGUUGGCUAUGGCUACCAUGCAGAGAGUGGCGCAGUCGAGUGUGAGCACGAGCGCCGCUGCCACCAGCAGCUACGGUGGCUCGUCGUCGUGCAAAGGACCAGAGGUUGUGAUCUCCGAUCAGUUCCCGGUUGGAUUGAGGGUUCUGGUUGUGGACGAUGACAUUACUUGCUUAAGAAUUCUCGAGCAGAUGCUUCGCCGUUGCCUCUAUAUCGUUACCACUUGCUCCCAAGCCAAAGUUGCCCUGAACCUUUUACGUGAGAGAAAAGGGUGUUUUGAUGUUGUACUAAGUGAUGUUUACAUGCCCGAUAUGGAUGGUUAUAAACUCCUUGAACAUGUUGGGCUUGAAAUGGAUCUUCCUGUAAUUAUGAUGUCCACUGAUGGGAAAACAAAUGCUGUUAUGAAGGGAAUUAGACAUGGGGCUUGUGAUUAUUUGAUUAAGCCCAUACGUGAGGAAGAACUGAAGAAUAUAUGGCAGCAUGUUGUUAGGAAGAAAUGGAAUGAGAAUAAAGAGCUGGAACAUUCAGGAAGCUUAGAUGAUAAUGACCGACAUAAACGAGGAAAUGAUGAUGCUGAAUAUGCUUCUUCUGUUAAUGAUGGGGCAGAUGUAUCAUUGAAACCUCAGAAAAAGAGGAGCAACACCAAAGAAGAAGAUGAUGGUGAAAUUGAAAAUGAUGAUCCAUCCGCAUCAAAGAAACCACGUGUUGUUUGGUCGGUGGAACUGCAUCAACAAUUUGUCAGUGCUGUAAAUCAGCUAGGGAUUGAUAAGGCUGUUCCCAAGAGAAUUCUUGAGCUCAUGAAUGUGCCUGGUUUAACUAGAGAAAAUGUUGCAAGCCAUUUGCAGAAAUUCAGACUAUACUUGAAGAGAAUAAGUGGAGUAGCUCAACAAGGUGGAAUUUCUAAUUCACUUUGUGGGCCGCUAGAACCAAAUGUUAAAAUUGGUUCACUUGGAAGGUUUGACAUCCAAGCAUUGGCUGCCUCUGGACAAAUUCCUCCACAAACGUUAGCUGCCCUUAAUGCUGAGCUCUUAGGUCGACCAACAGGUAAUUUAGUUACAGCAAUGGACCAGCCAGCUCUUCUUCAAGCAUCCCUUCAAGGGCCCAAGUGCAUUCCAGUUGAGCAUGGUGUGGCAUUUGGUCAACCUCUAGUAAAAUGCCAAUCCAGCAUUUCUAAACACUUCCCACAAUCUAUUGUAUCCGUUGAAGAUGUUUCUUCUGGAUUUGGAGCAUGGCCCUCUAAUAACAUUGGUACAGCGGCUCCCAGUAGCGGCCUUGGAGGGUUAAGUUCUCAGAACGGUAACAUGCUUAUUGAUUUGUUGCAGCAGCAGCAGCAGCAACGACAACUCCAGAAAUCGCAGCAGCAGCAGCAAUCUACUGUUCCUGAGCCCAGUCGUUCGAUCAAUGUGCAGCCAUCUUGCCUUGUUGUACCCUCUCAGUCAUCUGCUAGUUUUCAGGCAGGAAAUAGUACUGUUUCCGUAAACCAGAAUGGCACCUUUUGUAGGACUCCUGUUAUUGAUUACAGUCUUCUUUCAUCUCAAUCAAAUAAUUCUUCAUUGAAUAUUGGGCAAGUCUCUGACGGGGAUCUCCAAACUACAGGCGUUCUUAGUGGGUACAUCCCCCCUACUUCCCUUUCUCCAUCUGUGUCAUCUUGCUCUCUGAAUGCUGACAAUUGUACUAGUCAUCAAGUGCAAACCUCAAGCAUGACAUUUAAAGCAUCCAGGCAUUUGCCAGGAUUUGUCCAUAGCAUGUGUGAUGUCCAAGGUCCCUUUGGUGUUACUAAGUCUGGAGACGUAUUUGAUCAAGCUCAUUUUAGCAAUCUUGGAUAUUUUAAUAAAGAGGCUUGCCUUCCAACUCGGUUUGCAGCUGAUGAAUUUCAAUCACCAAUGAGCAGCUCCUCUAGCCGCGGAAAAGUCUUUGCCGAGAACACUGGUACCAGAGUGAAGCAGGAGCCAAGUAUGGAAUUUGUAGAUAAUGUGAAAGUGGGCAUACCAAUGCUACAACAAUUUCCUCCAAAUGAUCUCAUGAGUGUUUUCACAGAAUAGGCUUGCAUUGCGUGGUGAGCAUACCUGUCUUAGUUCUUCUUGUGGGUAGAGAUUGUUUUGCAGAAUCAGUUGUUGAGAAAGGUUCAGGUUGAAGUCUUGUUUUUACUAUAGACCUAAUUCCUAGUACCUACACCAGAUGGUAGUGCACUGUGAAGCCACUCGGUAUAUGCAAUUCUAAAGAGAAGGAAUUUAAUUCUGCUCUCUUUUGUAUAUUUAGGGUGACAGCGUAGGCCCUACUUGUGUCUAGCCUAGAAUGAUUAUGUCCUAAUUAGUUUGUAGGAAAAAUAAGUUGUCAGACAGAGCUUGAAAAUUGAAAUUAUGUGCAAUAUGGUGGCAUCUUGCCAACAGAAUUGUGCAGUAUUUGGGUUUAGUGAUGUUAGAAUUCUCAUUUAUUUAUUGCUCAAAUGAGUCAAUGUGUAUUUUUGUCUUGUUUUGUUC